GACGAAUCGGCCAGCUAAAGAUGAAUAGCGAUAGCUAUGCAGGGCCCAGAUUCCUUGAUGCUUCUGGAAGGCCGUGAGAUUUUGGUAACAUUAAGCUGAUAGGGAUCGCGGUCUUCAGGUGCAGGAGAUGAACAUCUAGCAAGCCUGUAUUACCUAAGGCGUAACAUUGUCCUGACCUUCCCCGCACGCCACGCUUUUUCGCGUGGCAGGGCCUCGCGAAUGAUGAGUACCCAGGUGUGUGGGCCAAAUGCGACCAAACAACUAAAUGUUGACGCUGGUUCACUCCGGAUCCUUAUCGGCGUUAUCGACGCCCCACCUGACUAUGUGAACCUUUCAUUCCGAGGUGGAAUGCUGCAGAAUGACAGACAACUGCUGUAAUGGCUACUUCGAAUGACCACAGGCGGGUAACAAAGAGAUCCUCGAACGCCUGCUCCAGAUGCCGAAGACAGAAAAUCAAGUGCUCCGGACAGCAGCCUUGUGCGAACUGCGGCAAGCGGAAUCUGACUUGUAUUUUCGAUGACCGAGACAACAAGAUUCUGGUUACCCAAGGCUAUCUCUCUGACCUUCAAGCCAAGGUGGCACGACUUCAAAAUGCACAGAAUACGCCGUCUGUAUCCAAUCCGCUCUUUGCCGAAGACCAAGAUGUUCGGGCGCGAGUAAUGAGGAGUCAAUCCCCCGAUGAACCUCCCAGACGGGUAGCCCAGUCAAGCGGCAAUGGAACUCGAGAAAGUACCCCAGGCACAGAUGGACCUCGAGAGACAGCAAACCUGACUAAUCCGCUGACUGAGACACCUUCGAGAUUCAUGGCAGCUUCCAAUGGACGGACUUUUUACAUGGGAACUUCAUCCAAUUGGUCAUUUCACGGCCAAGUCUUGAGUCUAGUCCAUGAGCAUAUGCACAAGUCACCACUCCCAGCUGCGGAACUGCUGUUUGACGGAUCUGCAUACGACCUUCCGUGGGACGGUACACGCAGCGUGCCCGAUUCUGCGUCCCCCGUCAUUCCAAGCGUCGACUACGCCAUCUUCUUGAUCAACGCCGUCAAGUUCCAUUGCGGUCAAAUGAUGCACCUCUUUGAGGAGGAGGAGUUCAUGCUCAACUUGCAUGCUUUCUACUCAAACACAGGUGACAAGGCUAUCUGGAAAGAAAGCCUUUGGUACAUCCACUUCCUGAUGAUAAUAGCGUUUGGCAAGACGUUUGUCCAGCAGAAAAACCAUUCACCGCGCCCACCAGGUGCCGACUUCUUCAUACAUGCUCUACAAUUACUCCCCGAUACCAACAAGCUGUGCAGAGAUCCGGUCAUAGCAACAGAGGUUCUGUGUUGCAUCGCGCUCUACCUUCAAUCAUUAGACUCACGCAAUGCUGCACACGUCACAAUCGGGCAAGCUAUGAGGAUAGCCCUUGCACAAGGAAUGCAUACCGAUAUGCCAGUAAUGAAUCUGGGCGAUGCGGUUGUUCAGCGUUGUCGCAAGAUUUGGUGGACGAUCUUCAUUCUGGACCGUCACAUGACCUCCCUCAUGGGUCUGCCACAGUCGAUUCGAGACGAAGAUGUGUCUUGUCAACUUCCAAACUAUCAAAACUCUCCACAGCGAGCGGCUGCCCUGAACAUGCAAAUCAAGCUUGCAAAGGUGCAUGUCGAUAUUGCAAGUACCGUAUACGGCUCGAAAGGACGGCUUCGCAAGAAGUUUGUCUUGAGCAUCAAGACGGUGCUGGAUAAGCUAGCUGGACUGGCAGAAGAGCUCCGCACCUCCUUUCCUCUGCAUACUGAUGAGCGUUUCGGCGGCAUCUCUAGAUUACCAGCGCAUUCUCAUUUGUACUACUAUCAGACCAUCGUAAUCGUUACUAGACCAUUGCUAUUUUGCUGUAUGAAGAAGGUCUUUGAAUCUCCGCAACAAGUCAUACCCUUGAUCUCAUCACCUAAGAUCCGAAAGGUGCUACACAUGUCUCUAGAAGCCUCGCAAAAGAUUUUGGCCAUUCUUGAAAGCCUUCAAGAACAAGGGCUACUUGAAACGUUCUUGCCCUGGGAUCUGGACGCUCUCUUCGUAUCGACGAUGGUCCUCAUCGUGACUCGCUUCGUCGACCCGAGUCUAAUGGAUGAUCGAACUCUCUGGCUGGAGAAGGCAUUUGGGCUAAUGGAGACCAUGAUUGCUGGUGGCAACCGUAUUGCAGAUUACCGCAUGCGCGAGUUACGCAGGCUGGACGAGAUGCUCGCGGACUAUGCUUCCAUACAAGACAGACCACCACUUAUGGAUGCUCUCAAUCAGCAACAGCUCACACAACUCAAUACAAACAUCAUUCGGACGGCAGCGGGAGUCACCGAUGAUUCGGCGAGUAUGAAGCCCAUGUUCGCUUCACCAGAUGGUGGUCCGCUCUACUCAGGAUUCAGCGACGAGGGCAGCGGGUUUGGCGACGACCUUACGGCCGAGCAGAUUCUGGCAGUUGCCGAAUCUAUGGACAUCGGUGAAACAGAUUGGCUUUCUUUUGGCGUUUUCGACAACUAUCAGCCUUUGGAGAUGGUCGAUCCAUCGAUACAAUAGGACGCUGAUACACAGUAAAGAGGCACGCACCUUCGUAUUUAUGGUAGAUGCCGUGAUAUGGAGACGCAUGAUUAUGGGCGUUGAUUUCACCUAUGAGGGUUUAGCGUACACAAAAGGUCUCGUUUUGCAUAGUCAAAUUACUUGUCAGGUCACUCAUGUGACAGCGCGUUAUUGUCAGACGAAUUGAAAAUACACGCGCACCCUCACAACUCUUCAGUCGCAGCUAAUACAAAGACUACUACAGGCACACAAACAAUCGAUUACGAACUGAUGCUUGUGUCAGCGCCUGUCUCUUCUCUACUGGAGCCUAUCACUAACCAGCCAUGAUUCUUCUU